GGUGGCGGCGGUUGGCGCGACUCGGGAAGCGGCUGCACGUGCGGGCGGGGGCGAUGCGUCACUGACCGGAGGAACGAGGAUGAAUAUGACUCAAGCCCGAGUUGUGGUGGCUGCCGUGGUGGGGCUGGUGGUUGUCCUCCUCUAUGCCUCCAUCCACAAGAUCGAGGAAGGACACCUGGCCGUGUACUACAGGGGAGGAGCUUUACUAACUAGCCCCAGUGGACCAGGCUAUCAUAUCAUGUUGCCUUUCAUUACUACGUUCAGAUCUGUGCAGACUACCCUACAAACUGAUGAAGUUAAAAAUGUGCCUUGUGGAACAAGUGGUGGGGUCAUGAUCUAUAUUGACCGGAUAGAAGUGGUGAAUAUGUUGGCUCCUUAUGCAGUAUUUGAUAUCGUGAGAAACUAUACUGCAGAUUAUGACAAGACCUUAAUCUUCAAUAAAAUCCACCAUGAGCUGAACCAGUUUUGUAGUGCCCACACACUUCAAGAAGUUUACAUUGAAUUGUUUGAUCAAAUAGAUGAAAACUUGAAGCAAGCACUACAAAAAGAUUUGAACAUCAUGGCCCCUGGUCUCACCAUACAGGCUGUGCGUGUCACAAAGCCCAAAAUCCCAGAAGCCAUAAGAAGAAAUUUUGAGUUAAUGGAAGCUGAGAAGACAAAACUUCUUAUAGCUGCACAAAAACAAAAGGUUGUGGAGAAAGAAGCUGAGACAGAGAGGAAAAAGGCUGUUAUAGAAGCAGAGAAGAUUGCACAAGUGGCAAAAAUUCGCUUUCAGCAGAAGGUGAUGGAGAAAGAAACUGAAAAGCGCAUUUCAGAAAUUGAAGACGCUGCAUUCCUGGCCCGUGAGAAGGCAAAAGCAGAUGCUGAGUAUUAUGCUGCACACAAAUACGCCACCUCAAACAAGCACAAAUUGACCCCUGAGUAUCUGGAGCUCAAAAAGUACCAGGCCAUUGCUUCUAACAGUAAGAUCUACUUUGGCAGCAACAUCCCUAACAUGUUCGUGGACUCCUCUUGUGCGUUGAAAUAUUCAGGUGUUAGGACUGGAGGAGAAAGCUCCCUCCCCCAUGAGGAGGCUUCGGAACCCUCUGGAGAGAGUGCAAUCCAAAACAAGGAGAGCACAGGUUGAUGCAAGAGGUGGAAAUAUUCCUUCAUAAUGAAAUGUGGCUUGGGGCUAACUGGGAAUAGUGGUUUUAUGGUCUCCUCAGAUUUACAGAGAAUUUGUGCUGUCUGUCCUGGCUCUCUUGUGAUAGUCCUAGUUUGUCAGCUGAUUGCAGGAUAGAACAGGCUGUCUGACAGCCACCAUUUUAUCAAGUAUCCUGUAUGUGUAUGUAUUCCUUUCUAAACUGGUACUCAUGAGUGAGAGAAUGUCUAAUGCUAAGAUACUGCCUGCACUGGAAUGUUAAACACUAAAUAUAUAACAAGCUGUGUUUUUCUAAGCUGAGGUCUAUUGAAUAAUGUUUAAUAAUGUUUACAUUGGUUUCCGGGGAUGUGUGUGCUCAAGCCAUUCAAGAGAUAGGAGAAGACUAUCAAGACAUGGUAAGUUAAAAAAGACUGAUUACAUCUGGGACCCAGACUCUCUUUGGGGUCCAGUCCUAGUGUUCCUCAAUGUGAUUAACAUCCAGACUGCUGAGGUUCCCCAGAAAAUGAUCUUCCACUUGAGCAGUCAUUUACUUGUUACAAUUUGAACCUUUCUGCUUUCCUACAGACAGGUUGGUGGCCUACAGGGACAUGCGCUUUGCCACCCAACUAGAAGUUCCUAAUCAUUAGUUUAUUGAAUUGAUAGACGGAGAUAAAGAGAGCUUGGUUUAAAGUUUUGAAGGAGAUGAAACUUUGAACCAAAGCUCUAGGCCCUGCAUUUCCCCCCUCUCCCCGCAGUCCUUUGGGUGAUGACUGCCGGCAUCACUGCCUCUGCUCAUGUGUGACUAAGGUGCCUGGUUUUUUUAGCCACAGACAAUUCUUUAUAUGUCACCUCUCAGCUCUGGCUGGCCAAGAAUGUGAGAGGGCUUCUACCGCACAUAGGAGUACAUAUAAUUCCUAGUUAACUGCACAGUAUUAUGCCAUUAAUUGCAGGAAGUUUUCAUUUUUAAAACUGGAUUUGGGGUAUAUUCAUUUGCCCUAGCACUUCUGUCCAAGGCCAACUCCUAGGGCUGCCAUGGUUACUAGCACACUGAUUCUCCUUAACAUUGUUCAGCGUGUGGAACACUUUUAGAAAGCAUCUUUGGUAAUCUUUUUCUCCUUCCUCCUGACCCUGGGAUGCUGAAAUCAAAGAUGAUUUGGUUUCACCUUAUCUUUGAGAUCUAAAGUCCACUGACUUCCUGGGCAGCCAGAGAAUUUACUUUUUGUGAGAAGAUAACAGAGUUAACCUGUGGCUAUGCUAGAUCUACUUCAUCUGGAUCUGUUUUUGGUUUUUGCUUUUUGCUUUUUCCUUUAGAUUAACUUUCGUGAACAUUAUGCUGCAGUUAGGCCUGAGUUUGUAUAGCUUGUUGAUCUGUUGUGUAUACUGUUUUGAGGCCAGACAGAGGAGAAGUCAUGGGACCAUUUCCAGAAAUCUCUCAGCUGUCAGUCUCACCACAGUUGAUGAGUUGUGCCAAACACUUUAUUUGGGAAGGGAGAACCCGGAUUUGAAUGGGUCUUUUUUUCCUGGGCCUUAUACUACAAAGGCAUUUGUAAUAUGAAGAAAAUUGGGUUUGGGUUAUUUAAUUACAUAAAUUCUCUUCAUGAAUGAAUUUUGUGUUCUUUGGCCCUCUUUUAAAAAACUUUUGAAUCAUAAAAAUAACCUCUUGUCAUUAUUGUUGCUGCAGAUAAAUAAUGAUUAUUGUGGGAAAUCUGGAUCAUUGAGCAUUGUAUUUUCAUUCCUAGAGAGAUUUCCUGUUCCUGUAAGUGAAAUGCUGUUGGCCCAAAGUGAUGGUGUGGGUUUUCUUACCAGCCACAAGCCCUGGUGGCAGGGUUGAGGAACAGGGAAGUGCAUUGUGAAGUAUAAAAAAAAAGCACUUCCACUUAAACUCCCUGUGGAGUGAGCUUCCCUCUGCCCACUCAGUGAGUUGUGUAGCCAUCCUUCAGGGAUGUUCCUUUUGGUAAAUAUACACUGUAAUCGAGGUUUAAAUUUAUAUGUGAAAUGCUACCUUUUUUAAAAUAAGAAAUGAAAUAAAAUUAUUUUACUAUCA